AUGUUGGGCUCUUCUCUUUUAUUUUCCUUGGUAGGAGCCGUGGGCGCUGCUUCAGUGCCAUCGAACAGCCCUGUUGUUGAACUUAAGAAUGGCUCCUACUAUGGGACUCAUAACUCUGCGUAUAACCAGGACUUGUUCCUUGGUAUGCGAUACGCACAAGCGCCGCUGAACGAUCUGCGCUUCAGACAUCCUCAGCCCUUGAACUCAACCUGGGACGGAGUACGCAAUGCGACCGAGUACCAGUCAAGAUGUUACCAAUAUGGAUAUCCAUCUGGUCCGCUCUCAGGUGGCUCCGAUGAUUGUCUACACCUUAACGUCGUUCGCCCGGCUGUUGUAGCUGCAGAUAAGAAGCUUCCUGUUCUCGUCUGGAUCCACGGCGGCGGCCUUGUCGGAGGAUUUAGUGGUGAUCCCUCCUCCAACCUCAGCUACAUCAUCGACGAGUCUGUCAAACUAGGAUCGCCCAUUAUCGGCGUCUCAAUCAACUACCGUCUCGGCGCAUGGGGCUACCUUUGGAGUUCUGCUGUCAAAGCCGAAGGCGUGGGAAACAAUGGCUUCCGAGACCAAAGACUUGCUCUGCAAUGGGUCCAAGAGAAUAUCGCCGCGUUUGGAGGCGACCCCCAAAAGGUCACUAUAUGGGGCCAGAGUGGAGGAGCACGAAGUGUUGCGUCUCAAUUAACAGCCUUCGGCGGCCGAGAUGAUGGGCUGUUCAGAGCCGCUAUUCUCGAGAGUGGUACUGGAUACCCCACGGCCUUUGGAGAGGUAGAGGUCAAAGACGCACCGACCUUUGAGAAGGGAUACAAGGCACUCCUCAAGAAGACAAAUUGUGAUUUCGCGAAGGACUCACUGCAAUGUCUGCGAAAGGUGCCAUCGCUAGAACUCGCUGAGAUUGUCGGAAAUGUCUCGUUCCCGGUUUGGCUCGAUGUUGUUGACGGUGACUUCAUUCGUUAUAGUCGCUCAGAGCUGGUUCGACAGAAUAAGUUCGUCCCUGUGCCUAUCAUCAAUGGAGUCGCAUCAGACGACGGAGACUUCUUCGCCCAGCGUGGUAUCAACACAACACAGGAGUGGGAAGCAUAUCUGCGCAAAGAAGGGGCGAGCAAUGCCACCAUCGAAGCCAUCUCAGCUCUGUACCCAGAUAUUCCUCGCAUUGGUCUUCCUGCAACAUUCGAAGGCCGUCCCUCAGGUGAAUUGGCUUCAUACGGAUCCCAGUGGAAACGUGCCGUGGCUUUUGGCGGUGAUAGAGCUAUGCAUGCCCCCAAACGAGCUUGGAACAGAAAAUGGGCAAAGAGUAACGCCACCGCGUACAGCUAUCACUUCGAUGUCGUUUCAGGAGAUCGGCCAGCAGUCCAAGGAGCUGGACACUCUGUUGAUCUCCCAUUCGUCUUCCGCAAUACUGAAAGAUUGGCUCAAUUGAACGCAACGGAGCCUAGAGCAGGAUCGUUUGAUGAGUUGGCUGUUAUGAUGUCGAGGAUGUGGAUUAGCUUUGCGAGCAAGCUGGACCCGAACUUUGAAGGCAUGAGUAGUGUUCAGUGGCCGGAGUAUGAGUGGGACGGAGGGAAGAACAUGGUCUUUCAUAUUGAUAACUCUUCAGUUAUUCAUGUUGAGGAUGAUACGUAUCGAAUUGAGCAGCUGGAGUACUUGGACAAGAAGUUAUGGAAGGUCGAGCUGCAGUCGGGACUCGAUUAA